UACAUGUUCGAUCGGUUCCAGGGAGUCUACAUUGAGGACAUUCGAGCGACAAGAACUCUCAUGUGCCUACAUUACACAUUCUGGUCGACAUAGUGGCUCGAUGGAGGGUCAAAGGUUGCAAAUCCCUUUGGAAGAUAUCAGGAGAGCUGGACGAUGGGUACAUGGCAAUGGAAAGCUGGAGAAUUACUACCUCAACGAGUAUCCGUGGAAUUUUGCGUUUGCCAUAGCAGGCUUCAAGGAGAGGCCGUUUCAUUUGAAGAGGAACGAGGUAUCGCCGCCCUUGGAUCUUCAGAGAAAAGUCUUCCCUUUUAUCGAAAGCUCAUUCGAUAACGACAAAGGGAUGGACCAAGCAUGGCGAAAGGAGUGCGAUAUGGAGAUGAUGGAGUACAAUCCCAAUGAGAAAAGUCAGCUUCGCGACAUCAAGCCUCGGAUUCCUAUGUCUAGCACAUACGAGAAAGCACCUGUUCAUUUUUCCGAUUCUAUGAGGGCCAAGAAGUGCUACCUACGGAUGCUUCUUCGUACGCGACGAAUUAUCUUGCAGGAUGCAGCCGAGUACUUGUGUGAGUAUUCGUAUCUGCAAUCGCCUUUGUUAAAGAACAAAAUUUUCCAGACACAAGAAUUUCAAGAAUUCAAGGGUCUUAUCAAGGAGAGACUGCAGAUCAAAGAGCGAUCAAUGCCUGACGGCAUUUCCCCAAAGGUCCUACAACUGUUCGCAAAUCAACGAGAAGAAAGCAAAGAGGAAAAAUCCCGGCUAGAAAGGGUUAUUACAGCCUUGAUGGAAGAGCGGCGAGAAAUGCGGCAAGAGAUGCAGCGAGACCGUGCACAGCUGACUCACUUGACGGCACUGCUUACCGCCAGACCGAUGUCGCUACCCAUACCAGCAGCACAGUGGACAACAGGAGCAUUGUGGUCGCCAGGCCUUACUUACCCCUCAUACACACAUCCCGCAUACUACCCGCCGCCAGUAUCGGAGUCUCCCAACUCUUGCAAUAAUUGUUCAUCAGCAUCAGCACUGCACACUAUGCCUGCAAGAGCUACUGCAAAGUCGAUGACAGCAGGGCCUGCUCCACCAUCAUUCUCAACAAGGACACCUGCCGUGUUGCCAACAAGGGGGUAUGCCGAAAUCGCCCCACGCCCAAAGCAAGGCGCUCCAGACCCAGAUAAGGCUGAAGAGUUCUUUGAAAUCAGUUACUAUCUUGAAUCUGCAGGGGACGUCUACGAGGAGUACACAAGGUACCGGACAUAUCGCGCCAGUCAGAAAAGGCAGGGCAAAGCCGAGGAUAUCCUGCCGAAAACGAGAAAGCAAUUGAGCAAUUGGAAAUUCAUCGUCAUGGAGGUCGAACAUAUUCAACAACAAGGAAUCCAAAAAGGGCUGACCAACAAACAAGCACUUACUGAGGCAUUCGCCCAGUUAACGCGCUCAAUGUCUGAGACGUAUGGUGGAAAGAAGCUGAGCAUCAAUAAGAUGGUCGAGUAUUGUCGCAAGAGGGUGAAAGGAAGAGAGAAUGGAAACAAUGAAAAUAGGGAACACGACGCCCAAGACGUCCAAGAAGAAGAAGAAGAAGAAGAAGAAGAGGAGGAGGAGGAGGAGGAGGAGGAGGAGGAGGAGGAAGAGGAGCAGCUGAGAAGAAAGAGGCACUGAAAUGGUGUAAUAAAUUUUCCCUUGCGUUAAGAAGCUCGAGAGCAAGUAAACAUGGAUUAUUUUUUUUUUCCCUCUUUUUUUUUUUCUGCGUGUAUUAUGUGUGUAGGCAAGGUUCACGGGUCCAUGGGUCAACACACCCCGUCGCCUUUGGAACGUCUACACACAUCAAGCGGUAAGAUGGUAAAUGUGUGCAAUGAGAGCAUAUUUUGGCCGAUUUUUGGUCGUUUCCAACUUUUUCACUUUUUUCCAAUCCAGGGCGCUCUAGACCAAGGGUUUUAUUGGAUUUGACUUGGAAAAAAAUCUUGUGGCUGAAAACCAGUCGAACCUCUCUAAAAUCAACCAAACAUAUCGAUCCCCUCUGCAUUGAAUUGACAAAUAAGG